AAAUAUGUGGAGAUAAUCCGAUCUGGGACACAAGGAAAUUGCCUACAAGAAAAGGAAAUAUAAGUGGAAGUAAUGUGAGGAAUGUCAGAUAAUUACACGCACAGAGAUAGAUAGAUAGAUAGAUAGAUAGAUAGAUAGAUAGAUAGAAUCUUCACAUUCCUUCCAACGAACCAUGCUUAAACUUAUUUAUAUAGGCUCUAUAUGCUAUAUCAAUCGCGACUAACAUAAUGUAUCAACAUUUGGCCCAGUAUGAUACACUAGGGUAAUGUAUUCACUGUGUAAUUGUGCAGCCCAGAGUGUUAUGGGAGUAUCAGCGUUAGCGGUGAUGAGGGAAACUGCGCCACCCGGCCGCCCGCGGAGGCACUGCAGCCUUUAGCGCUCAUUUAAAAGCUGCGGCCGGCGCGGGGAGGGGGACAACUACAGUCACUGUUGGACGAAGUAGAAGCUCGCCAGGGAUUUGUUCUUUUUUGUGAGCAGCAGGGGAAAAAAACAUGGCAAAUCAAUCUGCACAGCCUCCUUAUCUUCACUUGGCGGAACUGACGGCAUCCCAGUUCCUCGACAUCUGGAAGCAUUUUGAUGCCGACGGUAAUGGCUACAUUGAGGGCAAGGAGCUUGAAAACUUUAUCACUCAGUUGGAGAUUGCACGGAAAGGAGCAGGUGUGGACCCCUCAAAUGCAUCUUUCAGAGACAAGAUGACAGAGUUCAUGCAGAAAUUCGACAAGAACAAUGAUGGGAGGAUUGAGCUGUCAGAGCUGGCCCAGAUUCUGCCAACAGAAGAGAACUUCCUGCUUUGCUUCAGACAGUUUUUGGGCUCCAGCUCUGAGUUUAUGGCGGCCUGGCGAAGGUAUGACACAGACCGCAGUGGCUUCAUUGAAGCAAAUGAACUGAAGAACUUUCUCUCAGACCUCCUGAAAAAGGUGAACAGGCAUUAUGAGGACCAGAAAUUGCAGGAAUACACGCAGACAAUCCUGAGGAUGUUUGAUCUGAAUGGGGACGGGAAACUGGGGCUCUCUGAAAUGGCAAGGCUUCUACCAGUUCAGGAAAAUUUCUUACUGAAAUUCCAGGGUGUCAAGCUGACCACUGAACAGUUCAACAGCAUAUUCACAUACUAUGACAAGGAUGGAAAUGGUUACAUUGAUGAGAUGGAGUUGGACUAUCUCCUGAAGGACCUCUAUCAGGAGGCUCAGACCCAGGACCUAGCCGGCUAUAAAAAAAGCAUCAUGGCCUUGUCAGACCAGGGUAAACUGUACCGCACAGAACUAGAAAUCGUACUGUGCCGGGAGCCCAUUGUACUGUGAUUUUACUGUGCUGGAAGCCCUGAAUCACAUUUCUCUUUCUGCUGCCUGACUACUGUAACCAUGUGCAUGUGCCAGGCACUACCACUUUCCUUUGUGUGUGUUUUGAAUGAAUGUGCACUACAAAGCACAAAAAAGAUUUCAUCAUUUUUCAUUUUCUGUCUCACCGCCUAAAUCCCCUUGGCUUGAGGACAGACUGUCCAGCUAUGGUGUUGCCCUCUGCUCAAUUUUUAUGCAUUUCAAAUGGAUUUUACUGAAUCUUACUGAUAGAGAGAUAUUGAUAGUAUGAACAAGCAUAUGAUGCUAUGAUAUAUUAAUUUAACUGUCUAUUUAUUUAUCUAUAUUUUUAUUUAUUUAAUUGCACCCCCUGGUAUUCUGUCAGGUUUCCUUUUUGUCUUUGGUUUGAUUAUAUCACUAUCAUUACAUUUUCAACCAUUUGAGGUUAUGCUGUUUUCUUUCUUUGGCUGAUACUGUUAGAGGAUGUUACUGAGAGAAUUAAUAAAAGACUAGGUGACUUAUGUGAAGAAUGUGGCAU